CUGAACAAAAGGGAGCGGAACAUAAGAAACUGUAAGAGGAGCAGCCAUGGGGCUCGGACAGUCCAGCAAGGCUCCCGUCACUAAUGACACAGACGAUGUCAACUUCGACCACUUCCAGAUCUUGAGGGCAAUAGGAAAAGGAAGCUUCGGAAAGGUCUGCAUUGUGCAGAAGAAGGACACUAAGAAGAUGUACGCCAUGAAGUACAUGAACAAGCUAAAGUGUGUGGAGCGGAACGAAGUGAGGAAUGUCCUGAAAGAGCUGCAGAUCAUGCAGAACCUUGAACAUCCAUUCCUGGUCAACUUCUGGUAUUCCUUCCAGGAUGAGGAGGACAUGUUUAUGGUGGUGGACUUGCUUCUGGGAGGAGACCUGCGUUACCACCUCCAGCAGAACGUCCACUUCUCAGACAGCACUGUCAAACUCUACAUCUGUGAACUGGCCCUGGCUCUGGGAUACCUCCGCAACAAGCGCAUCAUACACAGAGACAUCAAACCCGACAACAUACUACUGGAUGAGUAUGGUCAUGUCCAUCUAACAGACUUCAACAUUGCAGCCAUUGUGAAAGAAGACCUAAAAGCGACAUCCAUUGCUGGGACCAAGCCAUAUAUGGCUCCUGAGCUUUUUCAGACCUUUGAGGGGUCCCACCCUGGCUACUCCUUCUCUGUUGACUGGUGGUCGCUGGGCAUCACAGCCUAUGAGCUACUAAGAGGACAGAGACCAUAUGUGAUGAGAUCCAGCACACCAGCUAAUGAGAUCCUUCAGACCUUCCACAAGGUCCAUCCCAGCUACCCAGCAGGCUGGUCUUUGGAGAUGAAGUCUCUGCUCAGAAAGUUGCUGUGCAUAGAUGUCCAGAAGCGCAUUUCCUGUCUAGCAGAGCUACAGGAUCUGGACUACAUGUCAGACGUCAACUGGGACGCUGUUCUCAGCAAACAGCUUCCUCCAGGCUUUAUUCCCAAUAGGCGGAGGCUAAACUGUGACCCUACAUUUGAGCUGGAGGAAAUGAUCCUGGAGUCCAAACCGCUUCACAAGAAGAAGAAAAGACUCGCUAGAAAGACCAGGGACCAGGGAUCUGAUGGGUCCCCACAGAAUGGUCAGUUGCAGCAGCGAUUGGAUAAUGUCCAGAGAGACUUCAUUGUCUUCAACAGAGAAAAAUGUCCUUUACUCAAUAGGUCAAGGAAAGCAGUGGUGGACUCAGAGUCUUCUGAGCUGUCCAUGAGUGAGAAGAACAAGGCAAUAGAGGAUGGACAGAAUAACAACGUUGAGCCGGCUGCCUACUUAUCAGGAUAGGUCUCAUGAACCGAGAUCCCUACUUACUCCCUUAUCACUUGCACCUGCCCACAGCUUGUAGAUCAGCAACUUACACCCAGACACCUAUUGUUCUAUCAGCACAGGCAAUCAGAACCAGACUUCACUGUUCCUGCACCACUAUUUCAUCUUUACAAAAACAAAUGCAGCACUGUAUACAUGCAUCACUGUUCACCCACAAAGAAAACCAAGUAUCAAGUGCUCCAGAACUGCAGGAGUGAAAUGGACUCCCGGAGCAGUAGCCAUGCCAGAGCCUGGCUUUUCACUUUUCUGUCACAAAGAAGAAUGACUCUCUGCAGAGGGUCACUCAUAUCAUGCUCCCUUACCUCACUCUGGUACUCUAAGGUCUGCUUAACCUCUACUCUGGGCAGUGUGCUGAAGCGAAAAGGAGGUCACUUCCCUGCCAAAAAAGGAGACAGUGCCACACCUGCUCAGCUGUUAUAGGAAAUAAAGUCUGAUGUGGUCAACCGUGGCUGAAAGCUAUUUGUGAUGCUGCUGUCUUGGGCGGGACACUUACAUUUUUGAUCUCAGUGAGGUAUUUUCUGGUUAAUUACAGUUAUUUAAAUAUAACAAUGGUUCUCCAUUGCUACAUUGAAUG